AUGCUGGGGACAGUUUGGUUGGCUAAACAGGACAAAAGUUCCGAUAAAGGCAAUGUGAAUGAAUGGCUUACAUUCUUUUUCAAUAAAUGCUUCCGAGAACGUGUUUUAGCCACCGGAUUUUUCCCGGAGUUUGACCCAUGUGUUUUGUGGCUUUUCAACGUGCCGGUAGCUACACGUGCUCGAAGUGACUUCCUCAAACCGGCGACUGGUGAUAAUGGCUUGGCAGUGCCUUCAGUAUGGUGGUCUGGCAUAGGUUCUUCUUCGCUAGAAUAG